AUGUAUAUUGCCGAUACAUUGAGCCGUGCGUAUCUCAAAGAGACUGAUACAACAAGCUUUGAAAAGGAUUUAGAAGUUAUAAAUAUGGUGAAAUAUUUGCCGAUGACCGAAUCAAGAGUGAAAGACAUUAAGUUACAUUCACAGGAUGACGAGUCUUUGCAAGUACUGCAAACUACCGUAUUACAUGGAUGGCCGAUUAAGCGCGAGGACACACCCUCACUUGCGAAACCGUACUUCGAUUUUAGAGAUGAAAUAACUGUACAAGAUGGUAUUCUUUUCCGUGGCGAAAGAGCAAUUAUUCCGAGAACUCUCCGUAUGGACAUGAUGCAACGUAUUCAUUCGUCUCAUAUUGGAAUUGGUGGUAGUUUACGCCGUGCAAAAGAAUGCUUGUAUUGGCCCGGUAUGCAUUCUGACAUUACACAGUAUAUUCAAUCGUGUGAAACAUGUCAAAUGUUUGAGAAUAAACAGCAGAAAGAGACUUUAAUUCCGCACGAAGUCCCAGACCGACCAUGGGCAAAAGUUGGAACCGAUUUGUGUAGUUUCGAAGGAAAGGACUAUCUUGUGACUGUGGAUUAUUUUUCUAAUUUUUGGGAAAUUGACUUUCUAGAGAGCACAAAACCGAAAACCGUCAUUCGCAAACUACGAGCCUUAUUCGCAAGGUAUGGCAUACCCGACACCGUGAUAUCUGAUAAUGGACCACAAUUUAGUUGCAAUGAGUUUGCGAAAUUUGCGACCGAAUGGGAAUUUGACCAUAAAACGUCUUCUCCGACCUACCCGCAAAGUAACGGUAAAGCAGAGCAAGCAGUGAAAUCCGCAAAGAGACUCAUGAAACGUGCUCGAAAAGACAAUAAAGAUAUUUACUUGAGUAUUCUAGACUUCCGUAACACGCCAACCGAAGGAAUGUCUAGCAGUCCAUCCCAACGACUUAUGUGUAGAAGAACGAAAACGCAAUUGCCAAUUUCAUCGUCUCUCCUGAAACCACUUAUUCCUUUAUUCGCAUCAAAGGAAAUCGAACGAAAUAAAGAUCAACAGCGUAAAUAUUAUGACCGAAACGCGAGAGACUUACAAGAGUUAGAAAAUGGACAACGUGUAUGGAUUUCUCCGAAACCGAAUGAUCGUACUAAAACUUGGACAAAAGGUAUUAUUAAGAGAAAAGUGGACAUUAGAUCUUAUGAAGUGAACACCGAUCAAGGACAGAAAUUGCGUCGAAACAGGAGAGACAUACGUAUAAGUAGUGGUACAAACAAACAAUCUGACACCUACGUGAGGCCAAAUGAUAUUGACUUUAAUCUGUAUAGAAUACCAGAAAACGCGCCUAGCACAGAUAACAGACCAAAUCAAAACAUUGACAAUACUCAAACCGCGACACCGCCUCGUAGUCCGUCUAUGGAACCUAGUGUCAGUCAACCCAAUGUUGAUUGUAAUCCGUCCGUCCAGCCGAUUAGAAAUCCACAAUCUACCAAUACCAGAUCCGGAAGACAAGUGAAGUUUCCACAAAAGUACAAUGACUUUGAUACUGGAUAA